CCACGUGUAUACUGACGGUCCUUUUAUCAUUGAACCGAAGAGAAACCAUCAUCCCCCGCCAGCUUCGUUUCAUCGAUCGUCGGAUUUACACUUUUCGUUUCUCGAAAUUUCCCCUCUGAUUGUGUUCUGUUCUUUUGAUUAACGAUUUCUCGAUCUCGAUUCUUCUGAGAGAAUACCAUCUCGAUUCUUCAAACCCUCUGCAGAUUCCGAAUUUAGUUUUUUUUUUUUUUAAAUUAUCUCUUAGAAAUCGCGUAGAUGGCGUCAAAUCCUCACAGAGGCGGUGCGGGUGGUUCCUUAUACGGCGGCGCUGAUCCUUAUAGAUCCAGAGAAGGGCUUAGCACUAGGAGUGCUGCAGGUUCAGAGGAAAUCCAGCUGAGGAUUGAUCCUAUGCACUCUGACCUUGAUGAUGAGAUCCUUGGUCUCCAUGGCCAAGUCAGGCAAUUGAAAAACAUUGCUCAAGAAAUUGGUUCAGAAGCUAAGUUUCAGAGAGACUUCUUAGAUGAACUGCAAAUGACAUUGAUCAGAGCGCAAGCUGGGGUGAAGAACAACAUAAGGAAACUGAACCUGAGCAUAAUCCGUAGCGGCAACAACCAUAUCAUGCACGUGGUUCUUUUCGCACUCGUCCUCUUCUUUAUCCUCUACAUGUGGUCCAAGAUGUUCAAAAGAUAGAUGGAAUACUUGUGUAAACCUCUUAAGAAAAAAGCCCCUUGAUGAGAAAUGUUGGUGAUCAGUUGUAGAAAUAUAAAUCCUUUAGAUUACAACAUUUUGUGGCUCUUCUAGCUCUCGUUCCCUGUUAUUAUAUAGCGUGCUUGUUUGGAAACU